AUGCAAGACAGCCAGAUAGCCCAGAUAGCUCAAUCCGUCUCAAGAGCACAGGGUACAUUCCCAGGGAAGCCAGAUUUAAAUCCAGUGGAACAUUGCAACCGCAUUGAGCUGAGGAGCGGACGUACUAUGGGAGAUCCUCAAAUCAUUACUCAGAAGGAGCUUGACUCAGAGAAGGAGCCCACUCUCCUAAUGUCCAAUCAGACUCAAAACAGGGAUGGAGAAGAGGUUACUAAAAAAGUUGAAGAAACUCUCCAAGCUACCCCACAGAAUCAGGCGAUCCCUUUUCCUCAGAAGCUUAUAGCAUCCCAGAAAGACGAAGAAUUCAACCGAUUCCUGAAGAAGAUAAAAGAAAUCUGCAUAGAAAAGGAAGAAGGGCGACUUCGAUACUGUAGCAUUAACAGAGAAUUGCAGCGCUCUCCUUACAGCGAAUUCUCCACCAAAGCUUCAGGAUCCAAGAAGUUUCUCCAUACCGUAUACCCAAUGGGAAUAGUGGAAGAUGUGUCAGUUGAAGUGGGUGGAUGUAUAGUUCCCACAGAUUUCAUCAUCUUGGAUAUGGAGGAAGACCCUAAGAUGCUGAUUAUCCUUGGAAGACCAUUCCUUGCCACAGCUGGAGCUAUCAUCGAUGUAAAAAGUCAUAAGUUAUCCUUGGAGAUCGGCAAAGAAAAGAUCGAGUUUGAUUUAUCUAAUUCCUCCAUCUGCAACCCCUCUUCUCAGGGAAAUUCUCACAAGACCAACAUACAAAAAGUCGAGGAGUGUAGUUCCCAUGAUGUGCAUGUCCUCCACGAGCUGGCGGUGAGUAGUUCAUGGGUGUGGAGGCAUUAG